GCGCUCGCCCGGCUAAGCCUGCGCGGGGCCGCCUAGCUCGCUCUCAGGUACGCAGGCGGUCUCCGGGUGGCGACCGCUGCGCCCGCGGCCCGUGGCGAAGGCAGGAGCUGACCCGAGGCUCGGCUGGCGCGGCUCUCGGAACAUGGCAACCUGUGCAUGGGUCAUCCUGAAAGGAGCUGACGUUUGUCAUCGUGAUGCAUAAGAAUCAAGUGAGUAAGUCACAGUGGUGGAUCUCUUUUCUGCCAUCGAGUCACUCUUGUGGGGCUGGCUUCAGGCUUUGGAAAGGGUGUGACGCUUCUCCGGUACUUCAUGGUGUUCUCCUCCAUCCUCUCCACACCACUGCUCUACGAGGCUCCUGAGACAUGGGGGAAAAUGAGGAUGAGAAGCAGACCCAGGCCGGGCAGGUUUUCGAGAACUUUGUCCAGGCUUCCACAUGCAAAGGCACCCUCCAGGCCUUCAACAUCCUCACACGGCACCUGGACCUAGAUCCCCUGGACCACAGAAACUUUUAUUCCAAGCUCAAGUCCAAGGUGACCACCUGGAAGGCCAAGGCCCUGUGGUACAAACUGGACAAGCGCGGGUCCCACAAGGAGUAUAAGCGAGGGAAGUCUUGCAUGAACACCAAGUGUCUCAUCAUUGGGGGAGGACCAUGUGGUUUGCGCACUGCCAUUGAACUUGCCUACCUAGGGGCCAAAGUGGUCGUGGUGGAGAAGAGGGACACCUUCUCCCGAAACAACGUGCUGCACCUCUGGCCUUUCACAAUCCAUGACCUGCGAGGCCUGGGAGCCAAGAAGUUCUACGGGAAGUUCUGUGCUGGCUCCAUCGACCACAUCAGUAUUCGUCAGUUGCAGCUCAUCCUAUUCAAGGUGGCCUUGAUAUUGGGGGUUGAAAUCCAUGUGAAUGUGGAGUUUGUGAAGGUUCUAGAGCCUCCUGAAGAUCAAGAAAAUCAAAAAAUUGGCUGGCGGGCAGAAUUUCUUCCUGCAGACCACUUCCUGUCGGAGUUUGAGUUUGAUGUUAUCAUUGGUGCCGAUGGCCGCAGGAACAUGCUGGAAGGGUUCAGAAGAAAAGAAUUCCGUGGGAAGCUGGCUAUUGCGAUCACCGCCAACUUCAUAAACAGAAACAGUACAGCUGAGGCCAAGGUGGAAGAGAUUAGUGGUGUGGCUUUCAUCUUCAAUCAGAAGUUUUUUCAGGACCUUAAAGAAGAAACAGGGAUUGAUCUUGAGAACAUUGUUUACUACAAGGACUGCACCCACUAUUUUGUCAUGACCGCCAAGAAGCAGAGCCUGCUCGACAAGGGUGUCAUCAUUAAUGACUACAUCGACACAGAGAUGCUGCUGUGUGCAGAGAACGUGAACCAGGACAACCUGCUUUCCUACGCACGUGAAGCCGCAGACUUUGCCACCAAUUACCAGCUGCCAUCUUUAGACUUCGCCAUGAACCAUUAUGGACAGCCCGAUGUGGCUAUGUUCGACUUCACCUCUAUGUACGCCUCUGAGAACGCGGCCCUGGUGCGCGAGCGACAGUCGCACCAGCUGCUGGUGGCCCUGGUGGGCGACAGCUUGCUUGAGCCUUUCUGGCCCAUGGGCACAGGCUGUGCCCGUGGCUUCUUGGCAGCCUUUGAUACAGCAUGGAUGGUGAAAAGCUGGGACCAGGGCACUCCUCCCCUGGAGCUGCUGGCUGAAAGGGAGAGUCUUUACCGGCUGUUACCUCAGACGACCCCAGAGAACAUCAACAAGAACUUUGAGCAGUACACGUUGGAUCCGGGGACGCGGUACCCAAACCUCAACUCCAACUGUGUCAGGCCCCAUCAGGUGAAGCACUUGUACAUCACUAAGGAGCUGCUCCAGGGUCCUCUUGAGAGGCUGGGCUCGGUCAGGAGAUCCGUCGGCCUCUCCAGGCGGGAGUCAGACAUCCGGCCCAGCAAGCUCUUAACCUGGUGCCAGCAGCAGACCGAGGGCUACCAGCAUGUCAACGUCACUGACCUGACCACAUCCUGGAGGAGUGGCCUGGCCUUGUGUGCCAUCAUCCACCGCUUUCGGCCCGAACUGAUCAACUUUGACUCUUUGAAUGAAGAUGAUGCUGUGGAGAACAACCAGCUGGCCUUUGACGUGGCCGAGCGUGAGUUUGGCAUCCCCCCAAUGACCACGGGCAAAGAGAUGGCGUUGGCCCAGGAGCCCGACAAGCUCAGCAUGGUCAUGUACCUCUCCAAGUUCUAUGAGCUCUUCCGGGGCGCCCCGCUGAGACCUGUGGAUUCUUGGCGCAAAAUCUGUGGAGAAAAUGCUGACCUCAGCUUGUCCAAGUCAUCCAUUUCUCAUAACUAUCUCAACCUCACAUUUCCAAGGAAGAGGACUCCACGAGUGGACAGCCGGACCGAAGAGAAUGACAUGAACAAGCGGAGGCGGAAAGGCUUCAACAACCUGGAUGAGCCUUCAGCCUUUCUGAGCCAGAGCUUGGGCUCCAAUCAAGAGGGCGGUAAAGAAGGUGGAAAUCAGAACAAAGUCAAGUCCAUGGCAAGUCAGCUGCUGGCCAAGUUCGAGGAGAACUCUCGGAACCCUUCACUCCUGAGGCAGGAGCACCGUGUCUCAGGGAUAGGUAAGCCCGUCCUGCACUCUUCCUCUGACCCUCCUGUUAACUCUCGCUGUCCCAAGCCGGAGCAGCCCACACCCAGCCCAUCAGCAACUCUGAAAAGGCAGUUCCCUUCGGUGGUUGUGACGGGGCAUGUGCUCCGAGAGCUAAAGCAAGUGUCUGCUGGUGGCGAGUGCCCGAGCAGGCCCUGGAGAGCCAGAGCCAAGUCUGACCUGCAGCUGAGGGGGCCAGAAAAUGCCGCCACCCUGCCGCCCACCUGCCAGGGAGCGCGGGCCCUCUCCGGGGUGCUGUGGCGGCUGCAGCAAGUGGAGGAGAAGAUUCUCCAGAAGAGGGCUCAGAACUUGGCCAACAGGGAAUUUCACAAAAAGAACAUUAAGGAGAAGGCGGCUCACCUCGCCUCCAUGUUUGGAUACGGGGAUUUCCCACAGAAUAAACUACUCUCUAAAAGCCUGUCUCAUACUCAUCCUUCGUCUUCUCCCUCCUGCCUUCCAUCUCCUGAUUCAGCUGCUCCUUCCUCUCCGUCGACUGUUGACUCUGUUUCUCCUGCCAGAAAGCUGACGGUAGGGAAAGUGUCCAGCGGAAUAGGGGCUGCAGCUGAAGUUCUGGUCAAUCUGUACAUGAAUGAUCACAGACCUAAGACUCAGGCCGCCUCUCCAGACCUGGAAUCUGUACGGAAGGUGUUUCCUCUGAACCUGGGUGGCAGCGACACCUGCUACUUCUGUAAGAAGCGGGUGUACGUGAUGGAGCGGCUGAGCGCGGAGGGCCAUUUCUUCCACCGGGAGUGCUUCCGCUGCAGUGUCUGCGCCACCACCUUGCGCCUGGCCGCCUACGCCUUCGACGGUGAUGAAGGCAAGUUUUUCUGCAAGCCUCAUUUCAUUCACUGUAAAAGCAAUAGUCAGCAACGGAAGAGACGGGCAGAGCUGAAGCAACAAAAAGAGGAGGACGGGGUGUGGAAAGAGCAAGAAGCCCCUCGUCGAGACCCUCCUGCGGAAAGUUCUUGCGCCGCCGUGGCCAUCGGCACACCGGAAGGCAGCCCCCCAGAUGAGCCGACUUCCCCCAAGAAGCCCAAGAGUGUCCCGGAGCCUGAGCCUGGGGAUGUGGCAGGUGGAGCCGCCUCUCCCCUGCCCUCAGAGUGGACCUCAGUGAGGAUCAGCCCCAGGGAGGACGUGGUUGGGCAGGACGUGCUGGCUGUGCGUGUCCUGGUCACCAGUGACGACAGCAGCUCCGAUGCAGAGUUGGAUCCUGGUGGCAGUGAGUUCUCCAGUGUGGAGCCCUGUGACGAGAGACCCCAGCAGCUGGAAUCCCCACACCUGCCCAAGCCCCUCACCCAGCACAGCUCCCUGAAGGAGGCCCUGACCAGAACAAGCUCUCUGCAGGGCCCCAGGGAGCCCGAAGCUGUGCAUGCUCUGAAGCGAGCCAACAGCUUCCAGUCUCCAACUCCCAGCAGAUGCCAAAGCUGGAGGAGAAAAUUCCAGUCGAAUUUGACAACAACAGUAAACAACAAGAGAACCAUGUUGCCCUCAAAGGAAGCUUCUCCUUCUCUUUCUCCUUCCUCGUCUUCUUCGCCUUCCCCACCAUCUUCUUCCUCAGCUGGUGUCCUGGGGAAAGGCCUGGAUCAGCCCUCCCCGCCUCAGGUGACAGUUUACAACUCCCCCUCGCAGGUCUCGAGGGAUCAUUUCAGUCCUUCCACCCCAAUCUUUCUGAGGCGAGCCAGGGCCCGAGGAGUACCCAAGGAAAUCCCCCUAUAUUUGCCUCAUGACCACGUGCUGGAGAGGGCAGAGUACUGCCUGGUGACACCUGGUGGAGACAGCCUUGCCAGCCCCAGGCCACCCGACCCUGCAGAGAUGGCUUCUGAUGAGUGUCAGGAGGGAGGGGCCCCUUUCGGGGGUUCCAGAAGCAUCCACAGAGGUCCAUACCCCAUGGGAGGGAAGGACAGCUGCUUGCCAGACCAAGAGCUGUCUCCCAGGGCUGGAGAAGACCCAGGAGAAAGGAGUACCAGACUCAGGAGGGGAGAGGAGAGUGGGUCAGAGCUGGCAGAGGGGAAGAAGUCGGGCUUAAAGAAGCUGGUCCUCACUCAGGAGCAGAAGACCAGCCUCCUGGAUUGGAAUGACUCCAACCCUGAGAGCUUGCACCUGGAAGCCGGGGCACGACUUUCCCAGAAAAGCGCUGAGAAUGGUAGAGGAGGCCGUGCGCUGAAACCAGUCCGCCCCUUGCUACUCCCUCGGACAGUGGGAGAGACCCUGCCAGCCCAGAGAGAGGCUCAGGAAAAGAUGGGGACCCCAGCCGAACCGGCUCCAGGGGAGCGAAGUGUGGCCCCGCCCAAGUCCCCACUGAGGCUCAUAGCAAACGCCAUCCGAAGGUCUCUGGAGCCGCUCCUCCCCAGCUCCGAUGGUGGGAGGAAGGUCUGGGCCAAGUCAGAGUCAAAGGCUUUGCCCACCAGCCCACCCCAUGGCACUCGCUCGUUCAGCCUUUGGAAAAGCAGCUCCAGUAAAGACAGGGACCAGCAGUCCCCCAAGAAAGACAAGGCAAGCAGGGCCUCAGCCUUCUUCUCCCUAGGCGCCCCCCCUACCAGGGCUGCCCAGCCCUCGGACCCGGGCCCUCAUGACCCUGCCCUCCGCACCCACAGUUUGCCCAACCGGCCAUCCAAGAUGUUUCCUGCGUUUGUGUCCCCAUCCUACAGCAAGAUGGAAGAUGUCCCCACACUCCUGGAGAAAGUGAGCUUGCAAGAGACCUUCCCAGAUGCUUCCAGGGUUCCCAAGAAAAAAACCUCACUCUUCUCCUCCCUCAGACUGAAAGACAAAUCUUUUGAGAGUUUCCCCCAAGUAUCCAGACCAAGAAAGGACCUCCGAGACCUCUUUGGCAGCCCCAAGGGGAAGGUGCUGCCCGUGGGCAGUGCCCAGGCCCUGGAGAAGCUGGUGCCGCCCGUCAGCAGCGCCUGCCUGGGGCAGAGGCUCCAUGCUCCUUCUCCGGAGAAAGGUGCAAGUCCCAAGCACAUCCACACCAGCAUGCAGGUGACAGGGGCUGCCUCUUCUGCCUCUUCCACCACCACCUCCUCUGCAGAUGAAGAAUUUGAACCCCAGCCUUCCUUGCGGUCAAAGGAGAGGAAGACAUUUAGAAGAAGAAGGAAGCUGGAAAAAGCCACAAAACAAUUGGUUAAGCAGGAAGAAUUGAAAAGACUUCACAAAGCUCAGGCCAUCCAGAGGCAGCUGGAGGAGGUGGAGGAGCGGCAGAGGGCUUCCGAGAUCCAGGGCGUGAGGCUGGAGAAGGCGCUGAGAGGAGAAGCAGAUUCAGGCACACAGGAUGAAUCCCAGCUUUUGCAGGAAUGGUUUAAGCUGGUUCUGGAGAAGAAUAAAUUAAUGCGAUAUGAGUCGGAGCUACUGAUCAUGGCCCAAGAACUAGAACUAGAAGAUCAUCAAAGCAGACUGGAGCAGAAAUUAAGAGAGAAAAUGCUCAAGGAGGAGAGCCAGAAAGAUGAGAAUGAUGUCAACGAGGAGCAACAAAUCCUCACCGAGAUGAUGCAAGUGAUUGAGCAAAGGGACAAACUGGUGGAUUCCUUAGAGGAGCAACGCAUAAAAGAAAAGGCUGAAGACCAGCACUUUGAAAGUUUCGUACUCUCUAGGGGCUGUCAGCUGAGCAGGACGUGAGCAGGCCCGCGGGCUUUCUCGCUCAGAGCAGGCCAAGGACCAGAUCAGGCAAAGCACCCCUCACUCUCUCCCACUUCCUUGCACUGGAGGUGUCAGACCUGAAACUUCAGUUAUACUGCACUGCAAUAUAUAUGUUUUAAUUUAAGAUUCUCUCUGAGGCACUGCAGCUGCCCAAGAUCCUCCCAGAGAUUAUAAUGAAGAAAAUACAAAGAUUCUUUUGAAAUUGGCAAUCAUCGUCAGCUGGUCUCUGAGAUUGGAGGUGACCUUGGCCGAUGACCAGCAUUGUUUUCUCGAGAAACUGACAUAGGGAUUGACUUUCCUGCUGCUUUCAUCAUUUAUCUUCCCAAUUCAUUGAGUUACACAUCUUAAGAUUUUUAAGAAACUGCCUUUUCAUUAAUAUACCCGUAUUUGCCUUUUUUGCAUGGAUGACUGGUUUCCAAAUGUCAGAAAGAAGCAGCCGCAGUUUAAAGAUUAGGUUAAUAUUUAAAUUGUGUUUCCAGAGAAAGAGGAGAAACCUUGAGAUUACUGAUUACAGAAAGCAAAUAACUCCUAUAGCAGGUGUUAAUUCAAUCCAGGGUGAAUUUAAUUUACCAGGUGUAUUUAUAAGCCUUAAUGUAAUAUACAUAAGCAAUGAAGAGUUUCAUAGAACAUUUGAGCCUUAUUUUAAAAAAAGAAAGAAAGAAAAAAGGAAAGAAAAGUUUGACUUCAUACCAGCAGGAUUGUUAGUUUUCACCAAAUGCUGUUGGCUUAGAAAAGCUAUUUAUUCUCAGAGCACUUUCCUUAUGCCCCUGGAACAGUGAAAAAUGGUUUUAGAAAAUGAAUAAUUUUGAAGCACUUUUUUAAAUAACUGUUGGUAAUGGCAGAAAGGAAAACUCAGUUGUUGAUAAAAUGUUGGUGAAGUUGGUGCUGCUACUAAAAACGACCAUUUUUGUGAUCCGGGGUGAGGGCUGCUUUGGGGUCCAGACAGAGAAAUGUCUCUGCUACUCUCCCCAGCAUUUGCCCAAGAACUCCACAGGGCAAGACAAAACCACCCUGACUUCAAGGUGCAGCUGCAUGCAGGGGCCCCAUUUACCAAAUCCCAAGUUGGUAGUGGAUUUUUUUUCUUAAUGACAUUUUCAAUGUGAAAAGAAAGCUGGGAGAUGGAGUUUGUGCACUGGCACGGGAUUCCUGGACAUUUUGAGAGUUCACAUGGGCACCAAAGGAAAGAUCUGCAAUAGUGAUUUGUCGCCGUAAGUAUUUGAUGGUCUUCCCUCAAUGGGAUUCUUUGAGGAUUCAGUCUGUCACUGACAAGAGACAGUUGUUGUAUGUUUGGCCUCUCUCGUUUCUGCAAGUGUUUAAAUGUGUCGUUAGACAAAUGGUGCUUUGCAACCGUUGGCUCUGACUGGAGACCAAACCUUCCUCAGUAUAAGUUGACCUAUAAACCACUUCCGUCUGAGAUGCUGUCUGUGCACACUGGUCAACUGACAAGCCGGAAAUUAGGAGUGUGACGGGAUUUCCCGAGUCAGCAAGGUUUCGGGUUGUAUUAGAGCACAACCUUUACAUGGUAUACCAACUUCCAAAGGUUGCAGUUCUUUUUCUUUCUCCUUUCCUUCCCUUUUCUUUUCCUUUUUUCUUUUAUUACUCAGGUUUUCUAGUGCCUGAAUUGUAUUAUUAGGAAAUAUAUGUAAGCAUCUCUCUCUUCCUCUGAGUCUCUGGAAACUGUGCCACUUAAGGCUAUUUAUCCAUUUUUAUUUAUUUGUGUAUUUGGUGGAAAUGAUUUCCUCAUCCUCUGGUUUUCCUUGUUAUACUCUGGAGUAGAUUUAUUAGCAUUAAGCUAUUGGUAUAUAAGCUAUUUUAUAUAGAGAUAACCCAGAGGUUUGGGGGCAAUGAGUUGUACAGUAUUAGAGAUUCAUGGAGAUAGUUAAAAUAACAUUUUCUGCCAACAGGCGUUCAGAGGUAAGACUAUAGAUGUGCAGGAAUGUUAACUCAUUUUAAGAAACAGAUACAUCCCUUCAGUUUUCAUUCUAGCAUGUGUAGAAAUAUCCAAGCGCGGUCUCUUCUGUCGGUUAUAUAAAAGUGCACUAUUUGAUGCUUGCAUACAUUUAGCAGGUGAUGCUCAGAAUGUGUAGUGUCUCGGUUGUUUUUGUGCAAAAGAAUUAAUUGCCACUUAUUUUAAUUUGUUCUGUUUCAGUCUAAAAGAAAGAUUCUCCCAAAAGGGCCAAGAAAGAGGGUGGUUCUUGGCCCCAGCAUUCUAUUAAUAGAUGAGAGAAACAAUUUGUUCACUUUCUUUUCCCAAGGUUAUGUUCUGUGGUUUAAGGCUGAGUCUUAAUCUGACCAAGCUAAAAUAUAAACCUCAUAUUUACCAGCCUCUACUCCCACCGGUUUUCAGUUUUCCCAGGACCUAAAAACCGUUUCAAUGAUCAUCUCCAAAGGGACACAUAUAUGUUGGCUGUUGAAUUCACUCUAAAUGAUUCCGUUUAUUCACAAUAGAGAAUGCUCAAAACCCUCAAAAUGUAAAAUAUUGUACCAUUUGGAGACAGUUUCUUUGAAUGCAAUAUGAGUACAAUUAUGAUGAAAACAGAGGGGGAGCCUUCUCUUUCCCAUAAAAUAAUACUUGUGAUCCAGGCUGAACCAUUUAGGAAUGAACGAGACAGAGAGCCCCAGUCCCAGGUCGUAUUUCAUAGUUGGUCUCAUACAGCUUCUAAGUUAAAUCACAGGGCAUCUAUAAGUUCAGAAUUUUAUGUAGAGUAGACCAAAAGGACAGUUUUUAAGCUUGCCAAACCAUCCACUUACUAAUUUGUUUAAUAAAGAUUCUCGAAGUACCGGUGGGAGUCUGUAGCCCUUUGCUAGGUGCAGGGAUACAGAAAGAAUAUUAUUCUUCCACUCCACCCACAAAUAAAUACAAAGGCAAACAAGUACAAGUCCCAAAUAAAUACAAAGAUAAAGAACAAUUGUUAUUAUAAGCCUCAACCUAUUCUGCUCACGUUUAUCUCAAGCACAAAGACUUACAUCCCCAACUAUUUGUAGUGCUUCUUUGGCAAUAAAAACACGUCAGUUUGUGUUUCUAAAACUGUGAAAAAUAAUAUCAGGUUAUACUGUUUCAUUUAAACCUUGACUUUGGCAGUGUUAGGCUACUUGGAAUCAAUCAAUGCUGAGAUGUAGCAUGUUAAUUGCAACCGAGAAAGGAAGUGGCAGGUGUUUCCAGCUCUGAUGAGCUGCGGUGAAAUUGAUGUUUUCUGCGUUCUGGAGGCAGAUGACAAUUCAGCAGUGUCUGUCUUCCCAGGAAGCAGAUUUACAGGCUUUUCCUUCCAAACUGAAAAUGGCAGCAUGUCCCACCCAGGUGGUUGAUCAGAGAACUACCUCAGCAGGGCAGAGGUGGCAGGAGGCAGCUGGGGCUGCCACACGCACAGAGAGAGGGGCAGACAUCGGAUGUAGUGAGUGCGAACAGAGGAGUUUAUUGUAAUGAGAAGGUUCACGUGUGGCGGGGCGCGUGUCCUAUUUCACCUACUGUUUCUCUUCUAACCUCACUGCUGAGUGGCUUUUGAAAGAUUAAUUUGCCCCGACAAUUGGGAACUAUUCGUGUGGAUCGAAAUGUGUUACAUGUGCACUGCUAUAAAUACGGAAAUGAUCAAAAAAUAAAUGGUUUUCUGUCAAAAGAAUCCGAACAUGUGGGCAUGGUCUGGCACCUCUGAGGGCAGCGUCCAUUUCAUUUCUUUAUUCCAGUGAAAGGACCCGAGCAAAGCUUUAAUUUUAU